CGUUCUGAUCAGUGCAGAGUUGCAUCUGAUGAAAUGAUUCAGAGAAAUUCUACAAAAACUGUGAAAAUGUCUCUGUGGGUUCUGAUCCCCAUCAGUCUGCCUGUGUUCACACUGCCGGGAAUCUGGAUUAUAUAUGCAAUGGCCCUGCAGAAUCAACAUGUGUGUCCUGUCAAUAACUGGGUGUAUAACUCAUCGUGUGAGAAGUCUCUGGUUCUUCAGAGCGGUUCUGAUCUGUGCUGCACACUCGACAGUGUUCCACUCAUCAGUAAGUGUGGUGAUGUUCCUCCAGAGAGCUGCUGGUUCAGUCUGCUGUGCAGCGCUGCUUCAUUCAUGGUGAUCGUGAUUGGUCUGCUGCGAUACGCUCAUGUGAUUCAUAAGAAGAGUAACAGUGUGUUGAACGUUGAGGGUUUGUGUGCUGGAGGUCUCUGUGCCACUGGACUCAUGAUUGUGGGAAACUUCCAAGUGGAUCACGCUAAAGUUCUUCACUAUGUUGGAGCAGGUCUGGUCUUCCCCGGCAGUCUGCUGUUUGUGUGUGUGCAGACGCUGCUGUCGUACCGUACGGCCGACACACGGACAGACUUCCACACCGCACACCUGCGACUAGCGCUCACUUUACUCGCCUUCACCACCCUCAUACUCAAUAUCCUCUACAACAGUGGUGUGUUCUUUAUUCAGGAGAGUUUCGUCCUGCAGCACGCAGCUGCGAUCCUGGAGUGGCUUUUUGCGAUCAUAGUGUUACUGUUUUACACUUCGUUCUCACAUGAGUUCAGCUCCAUAUCUGCAGAAACACUCACAGUGCUGAUGAGGAGACGAGACGGUUUCUCUGAUGAGAGGCGGAAACGAGACAAAACACAGCCAAAGAUCUGACAUUAUAGAUUAAUAUAAGACACGGCGAACAAGACUUUCGACUGAGAUGUGUAAUACAGUCUGUACUGCAAUACAGAUCAAGAUGGUCAAACUACUGUGAUUUUUUGAGAAAGGAAGAAUGUUUUAUUAUUAUUAAAGCUAAAGUAUGUAACUUUUUCAGUGUUAAAAUACUUCUAUCCCAGCUUAUUACACAGAGACAAAUAUAAGUGAGCAAAUCAGAGGUUCAUUUUCUUGAAAACUGUAAACACUGUGUCUCUGUGUCAUUAUGAAAAUUUCUGUUUGAUUUGAGAGACCCGCUUAGACCCGCCCCAACAUCGUUACUCUACGUAACGGACUAUCUGACUGAAAGCUGUUUUGAAAUCACUGUUUAUUUUUGCAAUUCCUUUCGGUGGCGCUAGUGGCACAGAAUUAUAUACCUUAGCUUUAAGGCCAAAGUAUACUUCGGGUGUCCGUGUUGCGGAACCCUCUGCAUGCGCAGUAUGUGUGGCGCACAUUGCGUCAUCAGCACAGCCAUGCAGCUUGACCGCACGGCACCUAGAUUUUCUUGACUAGCGCACGUGGUCCUCGUCUGUGCACGACGUCUGUGUCAAACGAAUUCCUAUAUGUUCGUGGUCAGAGAAGUAUACUCAGAAAGGCAAAGCGGCAGGGCCUGGGUAUCUCAGUGAGUACUGACACUGACUACCACCCCUGGUGUCACG